AUGCUGUAUCUCGUUGGUCUAGGUCUCUCCGAUGAGACUGACAUCACCGUUAAAGGGCUCGAAAUUGUCAAAAGGGCAUCAAGAGUCUACCUGGAAGCUUACACAAGUGUCCUACUUGUAGACCAAUCUGUGUUGGAGGGCUACUAUGGACGUUCAAUUACGAUAGCUGACCGUGAGAUGGUCGAGUCCAAUAGUGAUGAGAUUCUGCGCGACGCCCAAACCCAAGACGUCGCUUUCUGUGUUGUGGGGGACCCAUUCGGCGCCACUACGCAUACAGAUUUGGUGAUGAGGGCUAGAGAAUUAUCCAUCCCGGUUCGAACAGUUCCGAACGCCUCUAUUAUGUCGGGAAUCGGCGCGUGCGGACUACAGCUAUACAAUUUCGGUCAAACAGUCUCCAUGGUCUUCUUUACAGAUUCGUGGAAGCCGGCCUCGUUUUACGAUCGGAUCAAGGAGAAUCGCCACAUUGGCCUGCACACAUUGGUGCUGGUGGAUAUCAAAGUCAAGGAGCAGAGCUUGGAGAACAUGGCCAGAGGACGGCUUGUCUAUGAACCACCUCGGUACAUGAGCGCCGGUCAGUGCGCACAGCAAAUGCUCGAAAUCGAAGAACAAAGACAGGAAGGUGUCUACGGUCGAGAUAGCCUGGCCAUCGGCGCAGCACGAGUCGGUGGCAAGACGGAGAAGUUUGUUGCAGGUACUCUAGAAGACCUUUGCUCAGCCGACGAUGAGCUGGGACCGCCUCUGCACAGUCUAGUCCUGCUAGGCAGGAGAACACAUGAGCUCGAGCAUGAUUUCGUCCGCGACUUUGCGGUGGAUAAGGCAAAAUGGGACAGAAUCUGGAAGGAAUCUUAUGGGAAGCAGCUGUAG